GCAAGCGAGCGAGCGAGCGACUACCAGCACUAACAACACCUGUAACAUAACACUAUCUUCACCCCUAUUUAAAAAAUCUCCCUUAAGUACAACACUAUCUUGCUCCCCAUAACAUAAAGCAUAAGCCCUAUCUUGCUCCUGCUCCCCUGUGCCAGACGCAUAGCACUAUCUUCAACCAAACAUCUCUUUUAAGGGCGACACUCCCAAUCUCCACAGUAUGAAGGCAGUGGUUAUGGUGGUGGCGGUGAUGGCGGCGGUGGCGAUGGCGGCUCCCCAGGGCAUAGACCAGCUACUUGGCGGCCAACAAGUGGGAGCGAACCUGGAACAAUCAUUCCCUCCUCGCCCGUACACAUUCCAGUUCAACAUCGCAGACGAGGUGGAAGGGGUCAGGUUUGCACAGGUGGGACAAGGGGACGAACAGGGCAACGUGCAAGGGUCAUACUCCUACGUCAGACCCGAUGGCGUCCUCGUCACUGUCACGUACAUAGCGGAUAAAAAUGGCUUCCACCCUGAGAUCAUUGAGGAACCAGCACCCCACUUCGAGAAAAACCCGUUAGGAACCUCCAAGCAUUCCGUGUUGCUCCCCUUCGCUGAGGAGUUUGUCAUCGAGGUCACUGGUGAUCAGCUGAAGGGAUACCGCGAGCAGGCCGCCGCCCAGCAAGCCCAGCAGAUACAGUUAGGACAGCAGAGGCCUAACUAAUACCCCCGCCCCCCUCAAGGCAAGCACAACACAGAAGCGUCCUACUUCACCCUCAAGCACAGCAGAGACCUACUCAAGCCCACAUGCAGCAACAUAGCACAGCAGAGACCUACUCAAGCCCACAUGCAGCAACAUAGCAAUAUUCUAGCUGACCAGGUGGCCAAUGAAGCACAACAGAACAAGAGCAACCUGCCACAGCUCCCGAAGAUGUCACGAAAAUCCUUCUUUAAUCUAGACAUACUUGUUAAAUCAGGACAUACUCGUUAAAUGUGGACAUACUUGUUAAAUCGGGACAUGCUCGUUAUAUCGGGGCAUACUCGUUCAUCUUACUCUCCACGUAUCAAUUAAUGUGUUUUCUCCUGUCUGAGGGUUGGAGACCAAGACCCACUUCUCAAUAA